AUAAUAUUGUAUGGGUUGAUCUUUCUUCAAUUACGGACCGAAUAAAUAGAACUGCCUCGACAGCUUGUAUUGGUGAAAAAAAAUCAAAUCAUCUAUUAUGGUGGCGAGAGUGCAGAAAUAAUGCAACCAAACGAAAAUUUGCUCAAUGUAUUACUUCGGAAAACGCAAUAUAUAUCUAUGAUGGACAUGAUUUAUUUAGCAUAGUCAAAUUAGAUACUUCAAAUUCAAUUUUACAACCUAAUUCUUCAUUUAUUGUGCUUGAUACCUUAACAUUUACAUGGUCAUCUCCUACAAUUUCUACUGGUGAUAAAAGCGGCAAUAUUACAAAUGACAUUUUUCUUCUUGAUGUAAGCCUAAAAGAUAAUUAUAAAUGGUCUACGGUAUUCGAUCCCGCCAAAUUACUUCAAUAUAUUCCUGCAACAACUGAUAUAAUGUCAGCACCAACUUCUAAUUCAUUAUCCGUUAAUUUUGGCGCACUAAUUGGAGGUACAUUUGUUGGAAUUACGGGUCUUAUUAUAAUAUCAGCGGUUUCUGCAAUAAUGGUCAAAAGAUAUGGACAUUAUCCUACUUUUAUUUCUCAAGAAGAGACAAGUCAUCAAAUAGAACA